AUGAUGUCCCAGUCUCUCCGGGCCUCGCGCUCCCUCUUCACCCGUGCCUCUCGGCAACAGGUCCCUGUCGCUGCUCGCCGCACCUUCCUGACCUCCGCCGUCCGCCGGGCCGACCAGGUCCAGGACCUCUACCUCCGUGAGCUCAAGGCCUACAAGCCCACCCCCGUCAAGCCCAGCGACGCCGAGGGCAACGUCCACACUUUCAACCUCCCCAAGGCUCCCCCCUCCCCCGAGGAGGCCAACCUCGCCAGUGAGCUGUCCGCCUACGAGGCCCAGCAGGUUGAGGUCGAGGGCCAGGCUGCCGCCGGCGAGGCCACCCCCGCCGAGGAGAGCUGGUUCGAGGAGGAGGAGGAAGAGGCUGCUGCUGCCCACUAA